AUGGACACUGCUAUGGAAGUCAACCUGGGUGCCGCUGGCCACGGGCCCCGCACAGAGCUCGACGAUGAGGACUACCCCCAGGGUGGCUGGGACACGGUCUUCCUGGUGGCCCUGCUGCUCCUGGGGCUGCCAGCCAAUGGGCUCAUGGCAUGGCUGGCCGGCUCGCAGGCCCGGCAGGGAGCAGGCACGCGGCUCGCCCUGCUUCUGCUCAGCCUGGCCCUCUCUGACUUUUUGUUCCUGGCGGCAGCAGCCUUCCAGAUCCUGGAGAUCCAGCAUGGAGGGCACUGGCCACUGGGGACGGCCGCCUGCCGCUUCUACUACUUCCUGUGGGGUGUGUCCUACUCCUCCGGCCUCUUCCUGCUGACAGCCCUCAGCCUGGACCGCUGCCUGCUUGCGCUGUGCCCUCGCUGGUACCCUGGGCACCGCCCAGCCCGCCUGCCCCUCUGGGUCUGUGCCGGGGUCUGGGUGCUGGCCACCCUCUUCAGUGUGCCCUGGCUGGUCUUCCCCGAGGCUGCCGUCUGGUGGUACGACCUGGUCAUCUGCCUGGAUUUCUGGGACAGCGAGGAGCUGCCACUGCGGAUGCUCGAGAUCCUGGGGGGCUUCCUGCCUUUCCUCCUGCUGCUCGUCUGCCACGUGCUCACCCAGGCUGCCGCCUGCAGAACUUGCCGCCGCCAGCCCGGCUCCACAGCCUGCCGAGGCUUUGCCCGCGUGGCCAAGACCAUUUUGUCAGCCUAUGUGGUCCUGAGGCUGCCCUACCAGCUGGCGCAGCUGCUGUACCUGGCCUUCCUGUGGGACAUCUACCCCGGCUACCUGCUCUGGGAGGCCCUGGUCUACUCUGACUACCUGAUCCUGCUCGACAGCUGCCUCAGUCCCUUCCUCUGCCUCCUGGCCAGUGCUGACCUCCGGGCCCUGCUGCGCACCGUGCUCUCCUCCUUUGCCGCAGCUCUCUGUGAGGAGCGGCCGGGCAGCUUCACUCCGGCUGAGCCACAGACCCAAGCGGCCUCUGGGGAUCAGACUCUACCAGGGCCAGUGGCUGAGGCCCAGCCACAGGUGAACCCCACAGCCCAGCCACUGUUGGAGUCCGCGGCCCAGCCACAGUCAGACUCUCUGGUCCAGCCUCAGCUGAACCCCAGGGCCCAGCCCCAGGAGAACCACGAGGCCCAGCCCCAGCUGGAUGCUGGGGCCCAGCCACAGGCAAGCCCUGAGGCCCAGCCCCCUGGAGCCCCGGCCAGCUCAGCCCCCAGCCCCUGUGACGAAGCCUCCUCUGCCCCCUCCACGGAUUCCACCCCAGAGGCCCCUGUGAACCCGGCCGAACCUGCUGCCUCUGAGGGAGAAAGCCCCAGCAGCGCCCCCCAGGAGGAGGCCCCGGGUGCAGGCCCCACGUGAGAGUCUGGGAAAGCCAGGGCCGCCAGGGCAGCAGAAGAGCUGGGGAGACAGAGGAACCAGCCGGUCAGAGGACGACGGCUGCCG